AUGGCAGAGGACACCCGACAGGACAAGAGGGCCAGCUUCUCUAUAACGGAGCACAGUGCCAACGGGAUGGCCAGGACCUCCGCUGUGGCCUCGGGCAAAACCGGCACGUCAAAGAAACUAGUGAUCAAAAAUUUCAAAGAUAGGCCAAAACUAGCAGAGAACUACACCGAGGACACGUGGCUGAAGCUGCGAGAUGCGGUGGGUGCAAUCCAGAACAGCACCUCCAUCAAGUAUAACCUGGAGGAGCUCUAUCAGGCGGUGGAGAACCUGUGCUCGUAUAAAGUCUCACCGACUCUGUACAAGCAGCUUCGGCAAGUCUGUGAAGAUCACGUGCAGGCCCAGAUCCACCAGUUUAGAGAAGAGUCUUUGGACAACCUUUCCUUCCUGAAGCGAAUGAAUCGCUGCUGGCAGGACCACUGUAGGCAAACUAUAAUGAUCCGGAGCAUCUUUCUCUUCCUGGAUCGUACAUAUGUGCUGCAGAACUCUCUACUCCCUUCCAUCUGGGACACCGGUUUGGAGCUGUUUCGCACCCACAUCGUGAGUGACAGUGCUGUUCAAAAGCGAACAGUGGAAGGCAUUUUGGAGCAGAUUGAACUGGAGCGGAAUGGAGAGACCGUGGACCGGAGUCUGCUUAGGAGUCUUCUUGGCAUGCUGUCAGACCUGCAGGUUUACAAAGACUCCUUUGAGGAGAGAUUUUUGACUGAGACCAAUCGUCUGUAUGCAGCAGAGGGACAGCGUCUGAUGCAGGAGAGAGACGUACCCGAGUACCUGCACCACGUGGCUCGUCGGUUGGAGGAGGAAAAUGAUCGAAUCGUGAGCUACCUCGAUCAGAGCACUCAGAAACCUCUCAUUAGCUGUGUUGAGAAACAGCUGUUAGGAGAACAUAUGACUGCAAUACUGCAAAAGGGUCUGAGCACUCUGCUGGAUGAGAAUCGUGUGACUGAACUCACCCUCCUCUACCAGCUCUUCAGCAAAGUGAAGGGAGGACUUCCCACACUGCUGCAGUUCUGGAGGGAUUACAUCAAGUCCUUUGGAGGAGAGAUUGUAUGCACUCCAGAGAAAGACAAAGACAUGGUACAAGACCUGCUGGACUUCAAAGACAAGAUGGACAACGUGGCACAGAGUUGCUUUGCACGUAAUGAGAGCUUCAUCAAUGCCAUGAAGGAGGCUUUUGAAACUUUCAUCAACAAGAGGCCGAACAAGCCUGCAGAGCUUAUCGCUAAAUAUGUGGAUUCUAAGUUAAGAGCUGGGAACAAGGAGGCUACGGAGGAGGAACUGGAGAGAAUACUGGAUAAGAUAAUGAUAAUCUUCCGCUUCAUACACGGAAAAGAUGUGUUUGAAGCUUUUUAUAAGAAGGACUUGGCCAAACGCCUGCUGGUUGGCAAGAGUGCCUCUGUUGAUGCUGAGAAGUCCAUGCUGUCCAAGCUCAAACACGAAUGCGGGGCGGCGUUUACCAGUAAACUCGAGGGGAUGUUUAAAGACAUGGAGCUGUCCAAAGACAUCAUGAUCCAGUUCAAACAGUAUAUGCAGAACCAGAGUGAGCCAAGCAACAUAGAACUUACUGUGAACAUCCUCACUAUGGGCUACUGGCCUUCAUACACACCCAUGGAGGUGCACCUGCCCACAGAGAUGGUAAAACUCCAGGAGGUGUUCAAGCUGUUCUAUCUGGGUAAGCACAGUGGGAGGAAGCUGCAGUGGCAGCCCACACUGGGCCAUGCUGUACUGAAGGCAGAGUUUAAAGAGGGUAAGAAGGAACUGCAGGUCUCCUUGUUCCAGACGCUGGUACUGCUCAUGUUUAAUGAGGGAGAAGAGUUCAGCAUGGAGGAGAUUCGGGCUGCCACUGGCAUAGAGGAGGGAGAGCUCAGGCGCACGCUGCAGUCUCUGGCCUGCGGAAAGGCACGCGUCCUCAACAAGAACCCACGAGGGAAAGACGUGGAGGACGGAGACCGUUUCAACUUCAACAAUGAUUUUAAACAUAAACUGUUCCGCAUCAAGAUCAACCAGAUCCAAAUGAAGGAAACGGUAGAGGAGCAGGUGAGCACCACAGAGCGUGUGUUUCAGGACAGACAGUAUCAGAUCGAUGCAGCAGUGGUGCGCAUCAUGAAGAUGAGGAAGACCCUCAGUCACAACUUGCUGGUAUCGGAGCUCUACAACCAGCUGAAGUUCCCUGUCAAGCCGGGUGAUCUGAAGAAGCGGAUCGAGUCGCUCAUAGAUAGAGACUACAUGGAACGUGACAAGGAGACUCCUAACCAGUACCACUAUGUUGCCUGAAGGGGUACCGCUGUCACUGUCAUGCUUUUUUCACAGCAAGCGUGCAGCUGGCCCCGUAGCACAGGACUACAGCCCCUCAGCCACCCGACUCUCCUCUGGUGCCCAUCUUUCCCUCCGUCCACUCUCCUGGACACAAGGUCCAGAUGACACAGAGCUCCAGAGAGACGAGAGACACUUGGCUGUGCUGCUCCCAUUCUGCAAUAUCCUUAGUGGGACUCUAAGAUUGGGCUGGAGGAGUGGCCCAGGUUGUUGUUGAUGGUUGAUUCAUGUGACUUGCAAAUCUGCUAAUGCAACACACAACAGAAAAUAACUAGCACUUUCCUCUGUUUUUGUUUAGUUUUGUUUUCCCCUCAGAUUGGAUUAUUUUUCUCCAUGUCAUUCUAAUAUCACUUAUUUUCUACUAUAGGUUGUUUGUCUUGAGUUUUAAGAGUUCUGGUUUUUUUUUUUGGUUGUUGUUUUUGAUGUUUUCCUUAUGAACGGCUGCAUAAACUGCUGAGUAUAAGCCUGACUGGCUGGUUACUUGACACAGCUGUUGAGGAUGGGACGAGUAAAGAGCACAGAUGCUAAAACAUAUGCAGGCAAGCUGCUCGGGUAUUACGUUUGGCAUCUUUGUUAUUUGUUUUGACCAAAAUGUCCAAAUGUUCACUGUAAUGUGCUGAUGUUUUCGUAGACCAGAUUGUGUUCUGUGUAGGAGUGCGGAAAGUGAAGCUGAAUAAAUGGGUAUUUAAUGA